AUGGCCUUUGAGGAACACUCUUCAACUUCUUCCGCAACGUCACCUGCGUCAUCUCGCAACGCCGACGGCACUUGGUCUAGUGGCCGAGUCCUGAGUGCCGCCCAGCGCGACAGAAAGCGCCAGCUAGAUAGGAUCAACAAAUCUAAACGCCGACAAGACGACCAGAGACUAGUCGAAAACCUCAAGGCCGAGAUCGAUUCCUUAACUGCCAAGGUUAAGGCUCUCGAACAACAAGCAGUCGAGGCCACAGCCCAGCCCAAUGUGGUGUCCACAGGUCCCUCGUAUAGCGCCUUCCCCACGCUCCACGACAGAACUGAUCACACCGACUCUGACCCAGACCAGCCGGUCAACCUUACAUCGGGGUAUAUAAGCGAACUUCCUUCCGACAAUGGUGAUGAUGAGUCGACCCCAGCACUCCCGCUGCCCGGAGAAACGGCCCUCGCCAAUAACCUGCCGAUUCCGGGGCUUCCUUAUAAUGCAAAUCCGGGGGAGAACGUUUCGAUCCAAGACCUUUUCAACUACAUUUUAGGCAUGGCCUUGCUGUGCGAUCGCCGGCUCAUCUGUCGAGACGAGAAAUUGAGCCAGGAUGCUAUCAUCCGUGGUGUUCUCCAUGGGUGGGACACCGUUCUCUCUCCGCCAUACACCUGCCCUAUAUGGGAUCUCUUGGCUCGCUUCGAUUAUCUCAUCUUUGGAUUUACCCCUGUCAACACUCGCUUUUCCACCCUAAAGACACUUCACACCUUCUGUCUGUAUUUAGCAGGCAUGGUUUCUGUUCAAAGUCUCCCUAUGUGGCAUCGCCCGAGGCCAACCCAAACCAUGGUUCCCCAUGAUUUAGCUGUAGAUAUCCUGGCGUGGCCUGGGCUGCGGGAGCGCGGUGUAAUGCAUCCGGAAACCACCAAGUCGAACAAGUUCUGGAGAGAACUCAUCCAGGGUUUCGAGCUCCAUUGGCCAUACGCGCCUGAGGAGGCCUAUCAGGUUGAUCCUACCACCGGGCUGUACACAUUUUCUGGCCUUUACGUGAAACAUGUACGCGAGAUCCGCAUGUGGACCAUGUCCUCGAGCUUCUUCAGGUCAUUCCCCACGUUGGUGGAGGACAUGGUAAUUGUCCCUCCGAUCUACCUCCAACCCCACCCGCCGCCUGUGCGUCAGAUAGCUGCAACGGCGCCUUAUUCCGCAAAAGCGGAGCCGACAAACGAGGAUUCCAAACCUUCACAGUCGCUUAUUGUCGCAGCACAUUGGCAACCCGGCAGCAGCCAGGAAGCGAGUUUUUCUGAUGCCGGCUCGGUCAAACGUGCUGGUCUAGGCGCAUAUUCUGCGUCGCACUAUUCAAUGGGAGUUCCGCCAGCGUGGCUAGCAUCAACCAAAAGAAAGCCGCCGUGA